GGACAUCACGCAGAAAACGUAGAAGCAGCGGAUUUUUUUUUUUCCUUCAUCGAGAUUUUUGUUUCCCCUCGGCGCGUGCCCCUCGACUAUGCCCGGUUCGGCUGUAAGGUUCGGGAGGACCACCUGACGGGACGCGGCCCGGGUCUGAGCCGUUGUCCGGAGGGGAAAUCUCAUUUGUUCGUAUGGGAGCAGCAUGCGGGAAAUGGUCGGAGGCUGCUGCGUGUGUUCGGACGAGCGAGGCUGGGCAGAGAACCCGCUGGUCUACUGCGACGGACACGGCUGCUCCGUGGCCGUUCACCAGGCGUGUUACGGCAUCGUCCAGGUCCCCACCGGCCCAUGGUUCUGCAGGAAGUGCGAGUCCCAGGAGCGAGCGGCCCGCGUGAGGUGUGAACUGUGCCCCCACAAAGAUGGAGCCCUUAAGAGGACGGACAGCGGCGGUUGGGCGCACGUUGUGUGUGCGCUCUACAUCCCCGAGGUGCAGUUUGCCAACGUGCUCACCAUGGAGCCCAUCAUCCUGCAGUACGUCCCACACGAGCGAUACAUCAAGACGUGUUACAUCUGCGAGGACCACGGGAGGGAGAGCAAGGCGGCCUGCGGAGCCUGCAUGACCUGCAACCGGCAGGGCUGCCGGCAGGCAUUCCAUGUCACCUGCGCUCAGAUGGCCGGUCUGCUGUGCGAGGAGGAGGGGCCAGAAGCCGACAACGUGAAGUACUGCGGCUACUGCAAGCACCACUACAACAAAAUGCAGAAGAAGUUGCGCUCCAGCGACAAUGCCAGUAGCUCCUUCAGUCACUCCAGGGUGCGCUCCGACUCACCGUCCCAGGAGAAACAACAACAACAACAACAACACCACCACCACAAACAGAGGAAGAGUCAUAAGGACAAGAACCGUCAGAAAGAGCGACACAAGAAGUCCACGGACAACCUGAGCUCCUCUGUGACGACGAGCAGCGUGGACAAGAUUUCGUCCAGUCACCACAGCACCAAGGACAGUGAAGGAAAGUCUAAGAAGCUGAGCUCUCACAGUCACAGUCAUCGCUGUAAGAAGACAGGAAGUACCGGCAAGAGCUGCUCCUCCUCUUCCUGCUCCUCCAGCCCGUUCAACACCGGAGGCUCCCUGUCUGCCACUCAGGAUUUCCAUCAGUUCUCGUCUUCCACCCGUUCGGAGCGAGAGCACGACCACGGGGGGGACGACCACGGUGGAGAGAAGCGCAAGGAGCGUCACAGGAGGUCGGCGGUGCACGAGGAGGAUGAGGAGAAAGGGGAGGACAAAGAUGAGGAGGAAGAAGAGGACUGUAAAUACCACAAGCCCCCAGCGCUGACCCCCGCCGAUUCUUCGUUAGCCGCGUCACAAAGUCACGAGCGCGCCGAGGGGACCUCCAGCCCCUUCGAGAACAAGGUCACCAUCUCCACCUUUGGCUCCAUCAUGCGCAUCACCACCUCUUCAGGACUCAGCAGCAGCAGCAAAAUCCGCAAGAUCUCCACGUCGGGCGACUACAAACCCUCCAAGUCUCUCGGCAAGCCGUCACCGAUGAGCGUGCCGCCCGUCUUAGAGGAGGCCGGCCCGAAGGACAAGGCCACGCCCCCUCUGCUGCCCCGUGAGAGGCGGCACCACGGCAACAAAAAGAGCCGCCAUGGCCCGGGCCGUCCGCGGGGGAGCAAGAACCGAGAGAGGAGGGAGGAGGAUCACCACCACCACCAUCACCACAGCACCGCAGCACCUACGCCCCCUGCGUUGAGCUCCUCACUCUACACGAGCCCCUCCUUCCCCUCCACACUUCCUCCCACCGCUUCCUCUUCCGCCUCGUUCACCUCCUCUGCCGGGAGCUUUUCUGCAGCUCGUAGCAACUCUCUGCUCGGCUCCGGUAUCUACUCCAGCCUGAAAGAUCCUCUCACUCUGGGCGGGGGUGUCUGCAGCACCCCUCUCUCCCUGGGUGGGGGUGUGUGUAGCACCUCCUUGUCUCUGGGAGGGGGGAUGUGUAGCGCCCCUCUCUCUUCGGGACUCCUUCCAUCCCACGGCUCCUCCCUGUCCCUCCCGUCCAUCAGCGCCGCCUCCAGCUCGCAGGUCCAUCCAGGUUCCAGCGCCUCCUACAGCCUGACCUCCUCUCAGCCGUUCGCCAGCUGUCUCUCCACGACGUCCUCGCUGCCGCCGCUUCUGAGCCAAGGACAGACAUCGCUGCCGGAGUCGGACCUGGACGACUGUCGCUUCCCGUGUCAGGGCAACUCGCCGAGAGAGAGUCUCUCCUCACAGUCUCCCAUGAGCUGUCUUCCUCUUCUGUUCGAGCAGAGAGACGGGCUGGGCGGCGGAGUCAGAACCCGUCCGGACAACGUCCCUCCUGCCAGCUCACACAUCGAGCUUCUGCUGGAGAAACAUGGAAAUGGGGAGAUGGGAGUCAACAUCGUGGAGAUGCUCCAGUCGCUUCACUCCCUGCAGCAGGAGAACCAGCGCCUCCAGGACCAGAUCCUCAGCCUGACGGCCAAGAAGGACCGUCUGCAGCUGCUCAACACGGAGCUGGCCGUCCCUUUCCCGCCCCACGUCCACUCGGCGUCCCUGCAGACGUCUGCUCAGAUCAGCUUCCCAUCGUCCUCUCAAGACCCUCUGAGCACCAACAGGAGUCCCGUCUCUAAGAGCUGCUUCCUGAACGACGCCUCCUUCGUUACCUCGUCAGAAGAGCUUCAGUCCGCCAGUCCGUCCCGCAGCAGCUCGUCGCUCUCCUUCCAGGGCACGCCUCCUCCUCAGCAGAGCCCCGCCUCUUUUGGGCAGCCAUUGCUCAACGGGUUGGGUCGAGGGGCGACUGAUGGUUUGGGGAGCGUCGGUCCGGCUGGCGCCUCUGCUCUGCCCGUGGUGGGGGGGCUCAUGGCGUCCCUGGCAGGAAGUCCUCAGCUGAAUGGCGUGCUCGGCGGUCUGAACGGCGUGAUCCAGUCUCCGGCGCUGCCCGCUCUGCGCCCCCAGCCACCGCCGCUCAACCCCCAGACCCUGGCGCAAAGUUUCCAGUUCCCCAAGAGCGCGAGCCCGUCUUCUCUUCUGUCCGAGCAGCAGAAGCAGCUUCUUCUGGAGCAGCAGCUCCAGCAGUUCCUCACGUCUCAGAACUUCUCACCGGACCAGCAGAUGAUGGUGUGUCAGCUGCUGCAGAGGCGUCUCACGCUGACCGGACCUCUCGCCUCAACGCCGAGCUCGCCCGGCCUGCUGCCCUCGUCCACAGCCUCCCCCCUGCAGGGCGGCCAGGGAGGGGGCCUCUUCGGCCUGCAGGACAACGCGCUCCACAAACCUGGGGCUGCAGGAGACAAAGGAGGAAACAAGAACGGCUGAUGUAACUUCCUGUUGGAGCAGCUCGAGGUCGACUCGUCGCCUCCUCCUGACAAACGUCAUGAAUGUAUCAGCGGACGGAGAGAAGCUUCUCUUUUCACAUCCUCGUUAACAGACGUUCCUCCACUAGUUUUUAGUUUUU